CCCGCCGCUUCCGCCGGGCAGGGGCGGGCCGACGCCGAUGGCUUCCCGGUAACCGCCGCUCUCUCCCCGCGCAGGGCCAUGGAGCAACCCCGCCUCAUCACCGACUCCUUCCCGCUGCGGCGGCGGCCGGGCCGAGCCCCGGGGAAGGUGAAGGGCAGGGUUAAGGGCAGGGGAUACCCCCGGCUCCGAUUCCGCGCCCCCCAACCUACCGAGGACCCCCCCACGUCGCCCCCCAUCCCGGACCAAGCCCUCAUGGAGAUGCUGCGCCGCUUUGACCUGGCCUGGGAGUACGGACCCUGCACCGAGAGAGUCGGGCAGGUUGUGCGGUCACAGAGAGUUUAA